GAUUGACCAUCAAAUUUGCUGAUAACACAAGCGAGACAGUGGUGCUGAAGCGGAUUCGUGAGAGCGGUUUGGAGAAAAGCCGUGAGCUGGGACUUGCCAGGGAGGCGCUGUUCUACAGUCAAUUCAAAUCUCACCCUACAGUGAAGCACAUCCUUCCGACGGUGCUUCAUGCCUGGGGAGAUUUGAUUUCCGGCCACAAAGAGAUCAUCAUGGAGGACCUGACCAAAGGCAUUCAAUGUGGAUACUUCUUUGGACCAGGAUCACCGUUGAACUGGGACAAGGACCUGGUGGCUGCAACUCGAGGUCUCACUGCAGCUCUGCCGCCUGUGUUUGUGGCCAAGCUGGCAGCUCGUGCAGCGGCACAUUUGCAUGCAGCAUUUUGGAAGGACACCAAUCUAAAAGGUGAUUGGAUUCGUGGCAUCAGUUGGAUCCCGGGCAGAUCAGCGUCCAGCGGAUAUGUAGCAUCCACAGCAUCCACAGGCACAGACAGUCGCGGUGAAGACCUGUGGGAGGUCUAUCAAAGGCAGUGCAGGGAAGACUGGGAAUCCUUGGAUUUCUCCACUAUUUCCUGGGAUCCGCAGCUGCGUGCCUGCAUCGAUGCGUCAAUCCAGCGAGCCAAGCCCGACUCGGGUGGCUUCGAAGUCUUUCGACGAUGGAUGUCGAAGGAUGCUCCUUGGAGUUUGGUUCAUGGUGACUUUCACCCUGCCAAUUGCAUGCUCGUUGAGACCGACAAGGCCGACAAGGUGGAUCAGGAUGCAGACCUCGACGCUCUGGGACGCUCCGAGCGUUUUCAAUUGCUGCUGCUUGACUGGGAGAAUGUUGGUAUUGGCUCAGGACCGCAGGAAAUCGGCCAAUUCCUGAUCUCUCACAUGGACCCAACACUGCGGACGAAAGUGGAGAAGGAAGUGGUCGAAGUUUACUACAAAUGCUUGGUAUCAGCAAAUCCACGCAUCGCCGAAGAUAUGACUUUUGAGCAGUGCUGGAGAGAGUACAUCAUCGGAGGUGCCGGCAAGUGGGUGUGGUUCAUGCCACUCUUGGCCAAAAGCUGCCCUCCAAAGAUGACACAGUACUUCCAUGACCAGUUGCAGUCCUUCCUGAAGACCCAUGGCCUGACUCCAGAGACCAUGCCAAUGCCACGUACGUGA